AGUCAUAGUAAACGAACAAGACACUGUGUGCCUUUGCUGAGAAACAGCUAGUGAUGCAUCGUAUGGCAUUGUACCAUGUACCAGCAGUAGCGGCCAUGGGUAGAAGGGCACAAGCAUUUGCUUCCGGCCAUUAAUGUGAAGAAAACAAUUUCGGCCAAUUUUUUAAAUACUAUCAGUAGGUCAGAUGGUUAAGUUACUGUUUUUUUUUUCUCAAAGAUAACAAGCUCAAGCCUCCAUGACAACCUUUUUUUCUGUGUGCUUUCAGCCUUUUUUUAAAAAAAUUUACAGGGCCAGGCCUGUGUACCAGUUAAAAUGAAGCGGGAACUAAUGGAAGACGGGACAUUGAGUUGUUUAUUCGUGUGCAUACAAUUUGAGUGAUGCAAUAGAAGAUAAACAUGCACAAGAUCAUUAGCUAGCAACUUUUCUUGAGAUCCCUUAAGAAACUAAAAUUCCUUAGCUUUAAACUAAAUACCAAUUGUUACUUAAUCAAUAACCACAAACAUUGAUGCCAAAAAAAUAUAAAAAAAUAACCACAAACAUGUAACAAAAUGACUAUAAAAUUAUAAUAUAUAUUAGACCAUCAAAGUAAAUAUAUAUGUUACAUACAUGUUCUUCAUUAAAACUGAAUUAUAUUAUAUAAAUAUUUAAGAUGUCUAGAUUAGAAAGUUUUGUUCAUAGUACAAAUACUUAAAAAUAUUUUAUUCUAUACAAUAUAUAGAAUAGAUUACGACACUUUUUUCUUUAUCUUAAAGCAAAUUAUAUAUUUUUGAGAAAUAUAUAUCCAUUUUAAACAAAACAAAAUUUUGAAAAUGUAUUAUUUUUUCAACAUCAUCAUUUCAUUGUAACAAAUUUAUUAAAGUGAUUAAAAAUAAAUAAAUGGUGAGGGAUCAAUAAUUUUGUAACAAAAUUUUAAACUAAAAGAGUGAGAUAGAAGAAAAAGAUGUGGCUCAAAUUACUAAGGGCAUAUACACAAUAAUUUAGAACCUCUCUGUUCUUAUGGUUAUUUCACCAAUUAUGGUUAAAUUUUAUGGUUAUUGUUUCUAAUUUCGAAAUUUCUCUAAACAUAAUUUCAGUCUCUACUAGCUUAAAGCCUAAAAGAAAGUUGUAAUGUGACUGAUUGAUUGUCUUUGUCAACAGAAAAAUCCCAUCUGUAACUGGAUUUUCAAUGAUCUCUGCACACUAUCCCAAAUGAUUAAUUUACACUUAAAUUAAAUUAUUGAUAAAAAUCUGGUUUUGUAUUCAAAAAAAAAAAAAAAGAUAAAAAUCUGGUUUUUAUGAGAAAGAAAACGAAAAAGAAAAACAAUAUUAUAAAUAAAUAUUUUGGGCUUAGCAAUGCAAAAAAAAAAAAAGCGAGAAAAGCCCAUGUGAAGGCCCACCAGACAAGUUAUUCGCCCAUUCAGAACAUUCCACGUAGGAAGAUUAGUAGGUCCCGUAUUAAAAAACGUUGCACGCGCCGUUCUCUGCGUGUGAUCAGUGACCAUCUCUUCUUCUUUCUUUUUUAACUCCGCCACCGCCCGCCACCAUAAUCACAGAUUAAAAAGAAAAAACGCUAAGAAGUAGAGAGAGAGAGAGAGAGAGAGAGAGAGAGAGAGAGAGAGAGAGAGAGAGAGAGAGAGAGAGAGACGCCCGAUUUCCCGCCAAUACCGGUUGGAAAAUCCUUCGGUUUAUCCUGAAUUUGUAGAUUAUCAUCAAUGGAGACUCGCAACCUUGCACACACUUGUUCUUCGAUACCACCACCAGACAUUCCCUUCAAUUCACAACAACACAAUCAUUUGCUCUCCGAAGCAGCUGGUCACAUUUAUUCUAACGAUCUCCCUAACGCUGCUGCUGCUUCCAUGGUGUCUCAUGAACAACAACACAUCGGAAGCACUGACACACCUUUCAUCCCUGAGAUUUUGGACUGGGAUCACCACCUUCUUGAUUUGCCUUUGGACUUUUCACCCAUUCAAAUGGAGGAGGAGGAUGGUGGCAUCCUGCCAUCUGAUGAGAAUCCUAUCAUGUCUCCUUACUGGAACGAUCUUAUCCUUGACACAAGUUCUACCUCAGCUUCCAAGGUUGUCCAUGAAUCAACUAUGCAACCCCAAGUUCCCCUGCAGCAGCCGCCUUCUCCUUGUGUUGAAUUGCCACCUCUUGUUAGGACAGUAUCCUCAAACAGCAACGACAACACCAGUGCUGCAGCUAAGGGACGUAUGCGUUGGACCCCUGAACUUCAUGAAGCUUUUGUUGAGGCUGUUAACCACCUUGGUGGCAUGAACAACGCAAAACCUAAGGCCGUGCUGAAGCAUAUGAAAGUCCAAGGCUUGACUAUUUAUCAUGUCAAAAGUCAUUUGCAGAAAUAUAGGACAGCUAGAUAUGUACCAGAACCAUCACAAGGCUCGCAAGAGACGAAGUUGACACCGCUGGAGCAUGUUACAUCUCUUGAUACGAAACGUGGGAUAGAUAUAACUGAGGCGCUGCGAAUUCAGAUGGAAGUUCAGAAGCAACUGCAUGAGCAGCUCGAGGUUCAAAGAAAGAUGCAACUUCGGAUAGAAGAACAGGGAAAGGUCCUGCUCAUGAUGUUUGAAAAGCAAAAUAUGGAUUUUUGCAAACCGGACCAAGAAGACAAAACAAGUGAGAAAACACCUGAAAGCUGUUCAGAGGAGGCAGAUUCUCCACGACCAAAGCGUCCGAGAAACAAUGAAUGAAAGGAGAGGUUUCUUGGGAUGACAUAUCUAUAAAAGUGAAAACGGUAUGUUGGUGAAGUUGAAGAGUUUGACUUAUUAGAGUAGGAGCUUUCUGUCUUCUUAGUUCUUAGGGCCUUUUUCUCUCUGCUUUUGUCUUCUCUUUAGUAAAACUAUUAUUUUCUGAUUCUCAGCUCACUAGGAAUAAACAGAAAUAAAGAGCAAUGAAUUUUUGUAGAGUUUUUCCUAUCUCUGGGAUGUAAUCUGAAUGCUGAUUCUAGAUUUAGUGUUUAUGUUGUUAUUUGGAGAGAC